CUUCGACAACAAACACCCUGAGAACCCAAAUUUAAAGUAUCCAGCAAUCAUGCCGACACCGCCCCUCGCCUUCCUCAGCCAACCCAUCGCCAUCUGCCCGGAGCACAUAGCGCCGGCACCGACACGCCUCCGCAUCAAAUAUGCCAACGGCAGCGGGAGCAAGUUCACGAUAUCUCAAGAGCCAGAAAACGGCGUUUUCGACGCCGGCAGUGCAGUCGAGCUCUUCUCCGUCGACGGCAAAGCGCUGUCCAGGUCACAGCACCGCACCUUCCGCUCCACGGCGACGGGGCUCCCGCUCUUCGAGCUGACGCGCAAGAUGUCGGCGUCCACGCCCUGGGUCAUCGAGCUGCCAGGCAGGAAAGGCGGUAUUCCUUCCGUCACGCUCGAGCGCAAAACCAGCCUCUUCAAAGACCAUUUAGACGCGUUUGUGCAGAGCGUGGAUCCCGCUGGAAUGGGCGGGACGAAUGAGGUCGUGCUGGGUAUCCAUGGCCAGGACAUCUGGAAGCUGCGCACGAAUGUGUAUUUGGGGGAUGUGGUUGUUGCGUCGGCGAAGCGGACGGACAAGAUGGCUGUGUAUAUGCCGGGCAAGAAGCUGGAGUGGGUGGUGGAUGUGGCCGCGGGGAUGGAUAUGUCGUUGGUGUCUGCGAUCGUGGUUGUUUUGGCGACUACUUUGUAUGAGAUGAGUGCAGGCGGAGAUGCUGCUGUUGGUGUGGCCGGUGCGGUGGCAGCGUGCUGAUUUUGGAUCUUGUGUGAAAACAACAAGCACUAUUUUGAAUGUGGCGGCUUGUGGAUCGGUGAGGGGAAUAAAGACAUGGAACAGGCGUUACUUGUUUACUUGGGGUUAUAGCAUCUACCAUUUGUCACCUAAAAGUGAUAUUUACCACUUGACGAGAUGAUGAAUAUUAUACAGAGCGG